UAGGUGUUAUAGUGAGAAACUCUAUGGGAAACUCUAUGGCUCGGACCACCACCUACGCCAUAUGACGCCAUCUCCAACCAACUCGCCCAGCUUGCUGUGUUAAUUCAUCUCCACCACCGCAGCUAGGAAGUUCGUCCUUUAUUCUAUGGGAUGGCUAGGAGUGGGACAGUUGGGCUGGUUGAUUAUCGUUCUGUUUGGUUCGGCUACGCAACUAUACACGGCGCGCUUGCAGUACAGGAACAGAUGAGUGAAUAUUCGUUACGCACCUGAAGUUUUUGCCAACUUGCCUAAAGCACUAGCAUGGAGCUUGCCAGGUCGUUCAUGUCUGAGAACUGCCCAGCAAAGAAACUCGUACUGCUUCAAGCACUUCGUGCCACUCUCGAAACGCUACGGCCGGACGACCUUGUCAAGAGCGACAGUGCCACAUUUUGCGCGCUCGCCCAGUCGCUGUUGCUCAGCGGCACCCCGAAUGAUUCGGUCGAAGAUAGACAACACGAGAAAAACGAUUUUCCUGGCGUUGCUGAGGCUGCUAGCGCAGGAAUGAUUUGCGCCCACGUCCUCAUAAAGAACAACGCAUCGGAGUGGACCGAACUACACGACUUCGUGACUCCAUUACAAGUUCUCUGUUUCGCGCACAGCAAAGCUGAAUUGCCUUGGUGCAGUGAAGAGUCAGUCGCGGCAUCGUCAGCACUGUCGUCGCAACUCAAGUGCUUGUUUUCUGUGCCAAAAUUACUUAUUUCCGUGCUGAAAUACAUUCAACCAAAACUUGCCAAGGAGACCUGGAAGAAGAAUCCUUGCUACAGGCAUGUCUACCGGGAAGCGCUCUUCAAGCUUUCUCCGAGUGACAUGUCUGAUGUGCUCCCGAUCGUCAUGGCACCAGCGUUGCUACUUGUAGACGACUAUAUGACACACAAUCAAAGACUUGGUCUCUCUUGUGUUCGCUGUAUCAUUGUCAAUGUUCCUCCAAGUGACCUUGAUCAGUACGGCCGCCUUGAGGUGCUCUUCGAUGCUCUCAAACAUUUGCUGUACGUGAAAGAGGCAGACAUAAUAGUUGAACUCCACACAGGUUUACGAAACCUGAUUUUCAGUGACUACUUGGAUGCUCUUCGCACAUUCCGUGUCAAAGAUGACAGGCGGCAAAAAAUGGCAGAUUACGUGUACUGUGAACUGCUCACGGCAGCUGAGGUGGAGCAGACGUUUGCUCUGCGGAAGGCUUACUCAAGCCAGCUUUCACCAUACAUUAAAUGUCUUGGAAUGAACGUUGUGAAGUACAUGGAUAAGACGUUACGGGUCCUGUUGGAAUACAUGGAAAUGCAUGACACAGAUGAGCAGAUCUGCAGGAGGAAUGCCUUAUUGUCAUUAGCAAUGCUUAUCAAACAAUCGUGGCCAAGAAUUCAGUUUCAUUUCAGAAGGAUUACAGAGAGCAUCUUCAAGCUGGCCUAUGACCUAUGUGAACAUGGCAACUCUGCUCUGUGGGACGAGAUUGGCAACUGCCUCUAUUUGCUGCAACAAUCUUGUCCCAAGCAGUACCGAGAAUUCCGUGAGGAUCUGCUUCUCUUAAAGGAAGAUAAUGUUCCUGGUAUUGCUUCACUGCUUGCACAUGUGUCCUAGGAAGAUGACAUGAGAAUUGCUGCAGAAGAAGUACUAGGCAGAGAUAAACAAUGCAGCUGUUUUAUUGGUUUUGUUGACAUGUGGCGGCACCCACUAGUGGCCGCUUGCGAAUUUGGCAAUGAAAGAUGUCAUCUUUCAGUCUAGAGUUUCUGUGAAAACUGUGUCCUGCUCACAUGAAGUUUGUCAAGGUGCACCUCAUUGGGCUACAGAAUAACCACGCUGCAAAGUGCUUUUGUAUGUUUCACUGCCCACAAUGCACAAGGGACAUUGAGUGGACAUUAAAAACAUGAGUGGCAAUGUUAACAUACUACUCAACUAUUGAUUACAUAAACUGUCGUCAAAACUUAUUUUGUGGCUAGUGUUAAUUGACCACACAAUUUGCAACAAAAAAUAGUUACCAGCACGUGCAGUAAUUAUAGUGCAAAUUUUUUUUUCUUGCACUACCAUGUCCAAGGUCUCUUAGUAAAUCACUUGGCUUCUUUUGUUGUAACACAGAGCUCUGUAGUUCACUUGCCUAUUCAAAGUAUGCACAAAUAUAAGCCAUCAGUACUGCGACCAGGAAUACAA